AUGGCCUCUCGGCGCGCCUCGCGGGGGCCGCCGCUGCCGCUCCUGCUGCUGCUGCCGCUCCUCCUGCCGGCCCUAGGGGCGCGGGGCCCGCAUAGCACGCAUAGCGGGGCGCCCCUCGCAGGCGCGGGGCUGGUGCAGCCGCCAGAGACCGUCCCCGAGCGCGAGCUGCAGCUGCCGCCACGCGGGGAAAGCCGUGGGCCCGCGCGCCCCCGUCUCAGCCAGACACCCUCCGCGACACGGCGGGGACCCUCCGGCCAAGCCCCCCGAGCUGCUGUCAGGAACCAUUGGCAGGAAAGUAACACUGAACCACACUUAGAAAACGUCACCUCUUAUCAAGGUCAAGUAAACUUUUCCACAGUGAUAUCAAAAGAGCCUGUGAUGGGUCAGGUCCCCAGAACAAGCCACUUUUCUUCAGAUGCUCCAGUAGACUUCACUUCACUGACUGAAGCAGCAAAUGCUGGAGGAAGAUCCAACUCUCAAAGCAGAACAGAUUUCACCAGUUCGCCUGUUGCGGGCUCACCUGAGAUAGCAACAGCUCUGGAUUAUCAGAAUAAUACCUCAGCCGUGGGAGACCUUGGCUUCUCAUCCAGCAGUAGCAGUUCAGAAUCUGAAGAAAAGAUGGCUGUUUCUCAAACAGAAAGGGGAGUGCCCCCGGGCUCACUGGACAGGGGACGGGGGCUCCCAGAAGAAGCAACUGUACAUUCCCAAGCAGCUGCCACUUCUGCUCUGAGCCAGUCCUCUCCUUCUGCUUUGGAGAGGAUCGAACAGACCACGUCCUCUAGGAAGAGAAACUCCUCGAGACCAGAAGUCUCCCCACCACGUGUCUCCAGAGUAGCCUGGACUAACCCUCUCUGGGAUGAACCUGCUUCUUCUGAAAGUACAAAAGAGCUCAGUAGCUUCACUGCCUUCAAAAGUCCCUUGGAGAGUCAGACUAAGAAUAAGCUUGAUGCCACCACGUUCACCGACAGUGUCCCCAGGGUGCCCCAGUCUUCACCGGUCAGCCUGCGUCCCAGCAAUGAGACAGAGGACUUCCCUAAGGACUCCAAAAUUUCCACCACUUCAGCAUCAGUCCAUUCUCCACCUUCUUCAGAGGAAUUAGGAGGAAACAGUCGAGUAACUGAGAAUCUGGGUAAUGAAGAACACGUUGAACCAUCUACUGAAAAUGCAUUUGGAUUUACAUCUUCUGAGAUCGUAAUGGGAUUUUGGCAAAGUGAUUCCCCAACCUUGGAAGGACACCCUCUUGUCAGCAGCUCUGCCACAAGCAUUGGAAGCUCCAUUUCUCAGACUGAGAGUGUGUCUAAAUCUGUGCCAUCCAGUGAAGGUGGAGGAGAGAGCCCAGCACGCUGGUCCACGACCAACAGCAGCAGCGUGUUUGUAAAUGAGACCAGAAGCUCCACUUCAGCCCCUGAAGCUGUGAACUCUUCAGUUUUCACCCAAUUCUCUGAGUCUGCUCCACAGUCUGCAGGAAGUACGUUGGGUGAGAGGCCUGACUUUGAACGCUCCAUGGGAAUCGCUUUGUUUACAUCUUCCUCUGAAAGCCUGGAUCCCUUGGCGUCCCGUGGUGAACGCUCAAUUACUGGAGUUAGUUAUGAUCAUUUGAGCGGCACAGAUAUUGAACAGAGGACUUCCGGCCACCACACAGACCACAGCUAUGUUUCAUCUACUUUCACCAAAGGAGAACGGACAUUACUGUCCAUUACAGACAACAGUUCGUCUUCAGACACAAUGGAGAGUUCGACUUCUUAUAUUAAGAUCUUCAACUCUUCACAUUUAGAGUCUUCUUCCUCUUCUCAUGUGCAGACUGGACAGAGUAAUGCCUCAUCCUAUGGUGGGGGCUAUGCCCAGCCUUCCACCGAGUCACUACUUAUGCGGACCCCCAGCCCUCCAUCCUACACGUCCACUGUUAACGUGCCAAACACUUUGGCUCUUUUGAAUGUGGAUAAUUCUUUAUCUGUGGAUAAUUCAUCUUCUUCAACGGGGCCCCUCUUACCUUUGCCCUCAGUUUCACAGUCCCACCACCUGUUUUCUUCAGCGCUCUCAUCAACCAGACCCUCUGCUCCCGUAUUGAAGUCUACCUCAGGUGCCUCAUUGUCUUCCUCGCCAUCACCUUUAACACUAUCCAUGAUGGCAUCUGCCGCUGUCCCGUCUACCCCUGUCCCAUCAGCUGUCUCAUCAACAGCCUCACCACGUUCAUCUUCUACACCCAUCCUGCCCAGUGCAAGGGAGACUUCUGGAACUUCAGUCAGGAUGUGGACGGUGGCAUCACCCAUGGAAAUGCUCCCUAGUAGUCAGACAGCAGCCCCUGAGUACCAGAUUGCCCUACACCAGGACGAAAACAUGACAGAACCAGAGUCACCAAGCCUGGUGUCUUCGACAGCAUCACCCACUGAAGCUGUGACAGUGAGCACUUCUGGAGCCCGUUGGCCCCAAGCCUUAACAGAAUCCUCCAUCGAGGACAUCCUUCCAACCACGAGCACUAGCUUAGCCCAAAUGUCUCCAGCUCUGAGAGCCACUACCCAAGAGACCUCACAUCCUCCCGUGACCACUGUCAGCCUCCCAUCAAACACAGCGGCCCUGACGGGUGAGGCCACAGUGAUACAGACAUCAGCCGGGAAACAGGCCUUACCAACUAGUGCUGAGUUUGUAGUGCCGCAAAUCACAACACAGGGUACUGUCACCACUAAAAGGACUCAAGUGCAUGUAGAUAUGACCACCAGAUGGAUCCCUCUGACCAGUGCACCCACGUCACCAAGAGCAGUGGCCACAGGAGAUGGGGUUACGGAAGAGCACAGCCCAGCUGUACACUUCUCCAGACCAUCUCCUUCUCCUCAAACCAUAGAUGCUGCCACUACUCAAGUAUUGACUACCACCUCUCCUGCUCAGGGCAGCACACUGUCAACAACAACAUUGUCAUCUCCUGCCUCAGUCAACAGCUGUGCCACGAACCCUUGCCUUCAUAAUGGGCGCUGUGUUGCUGACGCCACCAGUGGUGGGUAUCGGUGCAUGUGCUCACCUUCCUGGCAGGGGGACGACUGCAGUGUGGAUGUAAAUGAAUGCCUCUCGAACCCCUGCCCGCCCCAGGCAACGUGCAACAAUACUCAGGGAUCCUUCACCUGCAAGUGCCCAGUUGGGUACCAGUUGGAAAAAGGAAUAUGCAAUUUGGUUCGAACCUUUGUGACAGAGUUUAAAUUAAAGAAAACUUUUUUCAAUACUACUGUGGAAGAACAUUCUGACCUACGUGAAAUUGAAAACAAGAUAAUCAAAACAUUAAAUGGGUGUUUUUCAACAUUACCUGGUUAUGCUCGAUCUACAGCUUGUGUUUCUGCGGAGUCCAGCAUGCUGGUGAUCUCACUGCAAACCACCUUUUCCCUGGCCUCCAAUGUGACGCUAUUUGACCUGGCUGACAGCAUACAGAAAUGUGUCAACUCCUGCGGGUCCUCUGCUGAGAUCUGCCAGCUCCUGGGAUCUCAAAGGCGGGUUUUCAGAGCGGGAAGCUUGUGCAAGCGGAAGAGUCCCGAAUGUGACAGAGAGACCUCCAUCUGCACUGACCUGGACGGUGUUGCUCUGUGCCAGUGCAAGUCUGGCUACUUCCACUUCAACAAGCUGGACCACUCUUGCCGAGCUUGUGAAGAUGGGUACAGGCUUGAAAACAAAACCUGUAUGAGCUGCCCCUUCGGCCUUGGUGGUCUCAACUGUGGAAACCCCUAUCAGCUCAUCACGGUGGUGAUUGCAGCUGCAGGAGGUGGACUUUUGCUUAUCCUUGGCAUUGCCCUGAUUGUUACUUGUUGCAGAAAGAAUAAAAACGACAUAAGCAAACUCAUCUUCAAAAGUGGAGACUUCCAGAUGUCCCCAUACGCUGAGUACCCCAAGAACCCUCGCUCACAUGAGUGGGGCCGAGAAGCUAUUGAAAUGCAUGAGAAUGGAAGUACCAAAAACCUCCUCCAGGUGACAGACGUGUACUACUCGCCUGCAGGUGUCCGGAACCCUGAACUUGAACGGAACGGACUCUACCCAGCCUACACUGGACUGCCGGGAUCGCGGCAUUCCUGCAUUUUCCCAGGACAGUAUAACCCAUCAUUCAUCAGCGACGAGAGCAGGAGAAGGGACUAUUUUUAA